AUGAUGGAGAACGCCGUGGAAGCCUGCAUCAGUAUCCCACCGCCUUAUUCAGACGCAGAAGUGGCAACCACGGGCAUCAGCGAACAAAGAGCAGUCCAUGUUAUACUUAAGUCUUGGGAAUACAAAAGCGCGGCAGAACACCCGGGGCAUACGACUUUCGGCAAAUGCACUCGUUCAGAAAGCGAUGUGAUCAUGUUGCGUGGCUCAACAACAUACGCAGAAAUCUAUAACAUGGUUCAGUUCGAGUUGCGCUUGCGAAAGUUCUCCGAUCCUACCAGAUUCAACUUCAUAGCCAUCCAUGUCAGCGACAAGACGUUUUCGAAAAAGUUGGUGGAAGUGACGACGAGGAAUUGGCAAGCUUGUUAUAACCUCCUGAUGGAGAACAGGGCCCUAACGCUGAGAGUAGAGAGUAGCGUUGCGCCGCUUUACUGGAACUGGGAAUCUGCCAGAAAGGCAGAGCAGGAAGAGAGGGUGGCGAAGGAGGCUAAGAGACCCAAAUGUGUGGUGCAAUAA